AUGGCUGAUAGUAGUGGUUUGGGUAAAAAAUCCAUAAAAUCCAGAAGUUCAUCUGUUUCUGAGAAAGAUGCACUUUCUCCAUGUUCCUGUAAUGUAAAGGCUUCUCCAACUUCAUUGAAGCCGUUGGCACCCACAUCAAGCAGCAGUAGUACAGAACAACUGAUUUCAUCAGAGAGAAAAAAGGAAAAAACCACCAACAAGGAUACUGCCUCUGGGAAAGAUAGGGUAACAAGAAUCUCAGAUGUAGAAAAAAAAAUAUCUCAACAAUGGCAUCGAGGUAGCUUUCUGGAUGGAAAAGUCCCUCACAUAAGGAUAGACAGUGACUCUGCUAUUCAGGAAUUCUAUACUUUUGGAAAAGUAUUGGGCCAAGGAAGCUUUGGGUUGGUCAUUGAAGCUACAGAUACUGAAACAGGGACUAAGUGGGCAAUUAAAAAAGUGAAUAAAGACAAGGCUGGAAGCUCUGCUGUGAAGUUACUUGAACGGGAGGUGAGCAUCCUCAAAAGUGUGAAACAUGAACACAUCAUACAUCUGGAGCAAGUGUUAGAAACCCCUAAGCAAAUGUACCUUGUGAUGGAGCUUUGUGAGGAUGGAGAACUCAAAGAAAUUCUGGAUAAGAAAGGACAUUUCUCUGAGAAUGAGACAAGGUGGAUUAUCCAAAGCCUUGCAUCAGCUAUAGCAUAUCUUCAUGAUAAGGAUAUAGUACAUAGAGAUCUAAAACUGGAAAACAUAAUGGUUAAAAGCAGCUUUAUUGAUGCUAACAAUGAAAUGAACUUAAACAUAAAGGUGAGUGAUUUUGGCUUAGCUGUCAAGAAACAUGGUAGGAGUGAAGCCAUGAUGCAGACCACUUGCGGGACUCCUGUCUAUAUGGCCCCUGAAGUUAUCAAUGCCCAUGACUAUAGCCAUCAGUGUGACAUUUGGAGCAUAGGUGUCAUAAUGUACUUAUUGUUAUGUGGAGAACCUCCUUUUCUGGCACAUUCGGAAGAAAAACUUUUUGAAUUAAUAAGAAAGGGAGAACUACAUUUUGAAGAUCCAGUUUGGAAUUCCGUAAGUGACUGUGCUAAAAGCGCUUUGAAACAACUUAUGAAAGUUGACCCUGCUCACAGAAUAACAGCUAAGGAACUGCUAGAUACCCAGUGGAUAACAGGCAAUGCACUUUCUUCAGUAAGACCAAUCAAUGUAUUAGAAAUGAUGAAGGAAUGGAAAAACAACCCAGAGAGUGAUGAGGAAAGUGUGAUGGAACAAAAGAAGAUCACUUGGUCUAUUCAAGGAAAUCUGAAAGCUUUCCCAUCCAGCAUGAAAGCUUUCCCAUCCAGCAUAAAUGCCCAGGAUGACAAGAACACUUCAUUUCAGAAAGAGGAAGAACAGCUCACUGAUUAUGAAAAAAUACUUCCUGAGACCAGUAAAGGUAAAGAUAUGGGAGGUUUGGACAUUCCCUCUUCAGAUACCUCGUCUAGCAAACUUCUUCUGGUUGAACUCAAGGAAAAACUAGAGAAAGAACCUGUAACAUCAAGCCAACCAAUAGCAGCUAAGUUCUCUACUAAAUCUGUUGGCAUGACUAGAACCAAAAAGAAAUUCUAA